AUGAAGCUUCCAGAAGAUCAUAUAUUUUACAGCAAUUGCAGUCUGGCACAAAGGGCGGAGAGAUUUUUCGGAAGCUCUAAUGUGAACGUUUCUUACAUCAAUGUUUCCCAAAAUGCCGACUCUCAAUUGUCAAAGGAGAAAGGAAAUUUGGCAAGCUUCGAGGGCUAUAUCCUUCCAGAGCGUUCAAUGGAUGCUUUGACCGCGCAGCUUUGGAGAAAUGGGCGAUACUAUUUUCGAAUUUUGAAGGAAAUGGAACGGGAAAACAACAGCAACUGGAAACGAUUUUGUGCCACGAUGGGGAGCCACCAGGCAAUGUCCUGGCUAAGGCUAAACGAAUGGCUGGAAGGGGCAUUUCAUCCUCAAGAGUUGGCGGAUGCAGCCCAAUCUGCUAUAGAUUCUGCGGAUCUUCCAGGGAAGCCAUCGAUUCGGAACAUAUGGCUUGACUUGGUUCAAUUCCCCGAACACGCGAAGCUGGACCAGUCCAGGUACCACCAACGGCUAGCUGAACUUUUUUCCGCCGAGUUCUGUGAUACAACAAUGCUUACCCGUCGUUUAGUAAGAGAAGAAAAUUGGGACUUCCACCUUGAAUGGUUUCUCCGACUGCUCACUUCGAAAAGACACGCGGCUCAUGAUCAUGCUAUGUGCCAGUCUAUAUCCCACGGAAUCUACCACACGUCGCCGUUAGCACGAAAUGAUACUACUCCGGUUGUGUUGCAUGUUGCGCCGAAUGUGUACGAGCCGCCUCCGCACCUCAGCAAGGUCAAUGAUAUAUAUCCUGUUUACUUAUGGUGCAUCUCCGAGAAACGGACAGUUGAAACCAAAACAUUCAACUGUGAUCAAAGGCCCGAUUACGUCUGUGUCAGCCAUACUUGGGGAAGGUGGAAGAAGGCGGCAGAGACUAAGGUGGAAGGCUGUCCCUGGGACAUUCCACAAAAUACUAUGUUCGAAGUCAUCGAUCUUCCGACACAACUCGAAGCUCUUGGAGAGAGGUUAGAAUUUCACUAUGUCUGGCUUGACUUGCUUUGCAUUCCGCAAACUAGAGAAGGCGAGCUAGGCAAGGUCGCUAAAGCCGAGAUCUCUCGCCAGGCUGGUAUUUUCGGAAAUUCAGCGCUCUGUAUUGCAUGGCUCAAUUACAUACACGACUGGGGCAGAGAAAACGAUAUCGUGCACUGGCUGGCCCUCAGAUACCUGUCUCUGACCACCAAAAAAAACCAUUACAAGGAGAAAUUAGAGCAACGUAGCCGACUGCAGUGGGAAAAUCGAAAACUGGAGCACUCUAAGCUUGCGCUCCAAGGAGAGAGUCCGAAUGAAAUUCCCCUCUUUUGCUGUGAACAGCGAUCACCUUGGUUCUCGUCACUAUGGACCCUCCAAGAAGCAACUAUUUGCCCGCAUAUGGUACUAAUGUCUCGGUACUGGUCACCCCUGCAAGAUGUCCGUGGCAUACCUAUCUCCUUGGGGACAUUAGUAUUAUUAACCGAAACGGUGUUCAAUCUUGGAAUGGAGUUGCCACCCGAUGGCGAAUGGUGCAAACAGGAAGAGGAGUGCCGCACAGGCUUUUACAAGCCCGCAUGGGAGUUACACGAAGUUUUCGUCUUAUCUGGCUUCAAGGGUCCUGCAUUCAGUUCUCGCACGAUGAUCCUUAUACAGGGCAGCUUUCGAGAAUGUAGUGGACGCCGAGCGGAAGCUAUUAUGUCAGCCUUGGAUGUGAGAGAAUGGUUCGAGUCCGAGACCAAACAAGAUGACGAUGACUUGGUCCUAGGAGUUUAUCCACUUCGCUUCGUCAAGGAGGCUGCUCGAAAAAUUGGCCCAGAGUUUGCUCUAGCAAAAACAGCCUACGAUGAGCGUUCUACUGAGCUUUGGUUGAACCAUGAGAAGGGACCAACACCACGCAAAGGCUCUCUUCUGCCGUUUGUUGACAUAUCAUCAGAAUCCUCACACGUUCCUGAGCUGUGGCCACUUAAGGUUUACGACCUAGACUGGCAUUCAACUUUUGAUUCGUGGGAAUUUUUACCUACAGGAUCUGUCCGCAUUACGAAGGCCGUUAUUGUGGGGCAGAGGACUCACCAUGGCACAAAGGUUCUUCCUGGUCUUAAGGUUCGAAUUUUUUGCGAAUAUCCACGGGCACACUAUUCAAAGGGGGGCUUUUCUUUGGGUAAUUGGUUGGCGUUGGGGGGAGGCAAAGGAGAUACUUACGCUAUUCAAAUCUCAGCAGACCUUGGCUUGAUUUUCAAAGGGGUUUGUGCAGAGGGUGAGCUCGGGAGCACAGAUCUUUUGCCGCUUAUCAAACUCGUCAAAGUGGGCUGUUUUAGCUUCACUGAAAGAUUGCGAACUGAAAGAUUGCGUGAUUCUCAUGUAAAGGAGGUGAAUUGGAUUGUACUCUAG